CGACACUAGAUUAUCACCUCGCCCACUCAAAACCCUAGCUAUAUAUAUCCUCUCGCUACUGCUUGUCAGUCUUCUUUGUGAGCCUCAAAUCGUCUACUCCACCGCAGCUAGGGUUUCUCUGCAAAAGUCGCGCCAAUGGGUAAGGGAACGGGGAGUUUCGGUAAGAGGAGGAACAAGACCCACACCCUCUGCGUUAGGUGUGGCCGCCGUAGCUUUCAUCUUCAGAAGAGCCGCUGCUCCGCCUGUGCUUUCCCCGCCGCCCGCAAGAGGACAUACAACUGGAGUGUGAAGGCGAUCCGCAGGAAGACAACUGGAACUGGUAGGAUGAGGUAUCUCCGUCAUCUCCCUCGCCGCUUCAAGAGUGGUUUCAGAGAAGGUACUCAAGCAGCUCCAAGGAACAAGGGAGCAGCUGCAACUGCUUAAGCUUAAGCCUUUGAUCAGGCAUUUCCGUUAAAAAUUAUAUUUUUAAUUGGCAUCUAUUUCUUGAAAAAAUAUUUGUGGAGACAUUGUUUCGGAAGUUGUUCAACUUUUAAUGCUUUUAGUCUUAUUGUACUUUUCUUGAAUAUGAGGCGCUUUCAAUUUUUGGAUGAAACUAUUUUUUUGUUUGAUGUCUGAUGGAAUUCAAUUAUCUCAGCAGGAAAGAUGUAUGGUAUUACUAACCUUAACGAUUUGGUGAUAAAUUGUGGUAUCUGUUAUGCUUA